AUGGCGCAGGUCACUCUCGACAAGGCCAUCGCGCUUUUGUCCUCUGAGAGACUGAAAGAGCGCUCUGAUAGCUUAGCUGAUCUUAAACACAUCCUCCAGCAAACCAAAACAAGUUCCAAACUAACCUCUUUAAAUGACAAAGCCUGCCAUAAGAUCUUUGAAUCCCUUUUCCGAUUCAUUUCCGUCGAGAAAUCCUUGUACAACAAAGCGAGUUCGAAGGGGGCAUCUGGCUCACGGUUGUCCGCUUGUGCUUCCGUCAUUCGGACGGCUGUUGAUGUCUUCCUGCGUAACCUGAGGACGAAGUCGAUUCGGGCUAUCGUCGACCACAUAACCGAGAUUUUACAGGUUCCUGGAGAAGGACUGUGGGAACAUCUCAGUGCGGAUUAUUUGAAAUGCCUCACUACGCUCUUGCACUACCCUCCUCAUGUGGAGCAUCUAGGCGCAAAUGAGUGGGAGAAGGUCCUGAACUUUUGUCUAACAAGUGUCGGUGCCGAAGGAGAAGGGAAUAGUCAGCCAAACGUUCGAGAUAGCCACUCAUCUAUCCUUGAUGACUAUGUGGGUGUCAGCCCACGCUCGACGUCGAGAAGAACGUCAACCUUGGCUUUGCGAGAGAAACAAAGCGGCGAUAAAAGAGCAGCCGGGGAAGCUAUAGUGUGUAUACAGCUACUCGUGGCGACACCAAUUGCUCCUGUUCAAGCAUUUGCCGAAAAGGUUCUCCAAGGACUGACGGCAUUCUUGAAAUCGUCGUCUAUCGCUGGAAGUGAACAUCAAGCCGCAUUCAGUAGCAUUAAUACAGUUGUCAUGAGGGUUCUCUUUGGCCAGUCUGAUCUCGUUCGCAAUUUUCUUUUGGAAUUAAUACCAGUAAUUCGACAUCUGUGGUCUACCAAGCUUGGGGGCCUGAAGGAUGAAUUACUCGUCACAGUCAUGCUUUGUGUGAUUGUCUUGACUGAUGCGACUCGAAGGGAGCCGACAGAGUCACUGUCGCUCUUGACCGAAAACCUAUUGGACACCUUGUAUUCGGAGUAUAUCAGACGUCCAGAGAAGGACAUCCUCCAAAUUGAUGAGUUGAUAUUUCAUCGAGAGACCUCCUCGCAGACACAUGAUCUCACAUUGCAGCCUCGACUUGAAGUAUCCAGAUCUGAGCAUAACUGGACAGUUGUAUGGAUCAUGGCGAAGUUGAUGAAGUUGUCAGAAGAACUAACCAAGCGGCUAUCUCCUUCCACGGGUGCGGUCCCGAGCAAGAAGCAGCGCUUCACGUCGGCAUAUGAUGAGGUUUUCAAAGAUGCUGUCAUGUCCUCGGGCAACAAAAGAGUUUGUGCCCUCCAAUUGAUCCCUAUUCUUCUUCAAGAUCAUGUGGAUAUGGAAUCGAAAGCAUCUUUACUUCAGCGAUUGAUACCUUGCAUAAUCGACGACAACAACAUUAUAUCUUCGUGGACAAUGGUAGCAAUCGCAAGCAUUGCUAGUGACACUGAUGCGGCCGCUUCCCUUUCCCUGAAGAAGUAUUGGCAACAGACAUGGAAUCUUACAUCUCGAGCCUCCACAUCUCAAAAUACCUCCAGAGCUGCCUGCAAUCUUAUGGGUAGCAUUCUUCAGUUCGACCUUCUGGAGUAUUCCGUAGUUGCAGAAACGACAGCUUCAAUGCUUGCGUCGAUGAAUUUAAACGCACCCUCUAUUAUCUCAGAUGCGUCCUUGGGACUUUGGGCCACUCUAACCCGGUUAGGUGCGCAAACAAGUCCUGGCUCAGCCUCUAGCGCUUCCAAGCAAAUCUGCUCGUGGCUUCGAGAGGCUUGGACGAUCGGAACGGUGGCCGAUCGAGUCCAAACUGCGCAAAUUGCUGCUUUUGCACGUCCCCUGGACCUUCUGAAUUUGUUUUUGGCAUGUACCAAUAGGCAGUGUAAAUUGCCCAAACUCCAGUAUCGAGGACCGGGAGGACUCGUCGCAAAAGGUUGGCAUUUCUACCGGAGUAACCAGGAGCUAUUGGAAUACCUCUUCCACAUCAAUGGACUGCUGGGCCCUACAAGCACGCAUGAGAAGAACCAGCCAUUGACUUUGCAAUUCGCGAGUCGUCAAGAUCCAAAUGAUGAUAUAAUCCUGGAUAUGCUACAAGCAAAAGCCGAUAUUUUCUUGCAAACCUGGCGAUUGCUGUCUGAGAAUAAGACACACCAUGUGACUGUUGACAUCUUUCAGAUACUAAGUUCGUUCUGCAUCGUGGUUGCAAUGUACACAGAAUGCCUGCCCGAGCAGAAUACAUCACGAAUAGAGAAUCUGCAUAAAAAUUGCCAGCAGCUUUGGGAGAACCUCUGUUCAUUCAUGGCAUCCCGCGAAGUGACCUAUACACAAAGUUGCUUGGAACUUUUAUGUCCGCUCCUUGCACAAGAUUGCGGGCUAGGGAGGAAGGAUUCCGUUAUCGCUAACAGCCUAUACAAGCUGACGCCUCCUCUGACCAAGGUCCUGGAAACUUAUAGACAAGAUCAGAAACAAUUGCUAUCUUGCCCUGACCAAGAGUCCAUGGAAUUGGAUGAUCCCUUGAUGCAGUCCCACGACCUUCUGGCUGAGAAUAUGUGUAUCAUUAAUCUGAACCGAGAACAUCGCCCUCCCUUCCAAGACUCUGCCACUUUUCAACGUUCGAUGACUAUUCGGCUUUCGCUCUUUCAGUUAGGAUUUGCCUGUACACCCUUUUCCGAAACAUCGGCUACUGGUCCUCUGAUCGAGUAUCUUACGAAUCUGGAUGAGGCAGAUCUGUUAUCUGCGCGGCACUUCUUGCCCCAUAUCUACCAGGCAUGCUCAGUAAUGGACCGCAGCUGUCUCUUGGAUCUUCUCGAAGACAUGGGAGAAAAAUGUCUGCAAACAUAUCAACUAGAGCGUUGCGAAAAUUCACAGAUACUCUGCAUCCGUGUGCUGUCUAGCUUUGUCAAAGCAUGGACGAAUGGCGUGGGAGAUCACCUCACUGAUUCUGCCUCUGAUAUCUACAAUUGGUUUACCGAUGUGUUACUGGCAAAAGGCCGGGCUUCCUCUCAAGUACUCAUUGCAUUCUCUAGGCUUCUCAAGGAGAUCUUUGGCGUUAACGCAACGUAUACAAGCGGUCACUCAAGCCCAUCACCACGGACAAGUCUCUUCACAAUACUUCGAGAAAGCGAUAUUCUGACCAAGUUCAACGUUGGCAAUCUGAUCCCCUUAUUGUUCGGGCACUUCCCGCUAAAGAAUCAUGACGCCAUAUUUGACGAUGUGCUGGACAGCCUCCCGAGGGAUCCUGACUGGGAUGAAGGUAUCGCUCUUCGCUUGCUGAUAUUAGCCAAAAUAGCUUCACAAUGGCAUACCCUCCUCCGGAGAAGUAUCUACCACAUGUUCGAGACGCCGGCCCAAGUACCUCAUUCUCUUUGGUAUGCUGAAAAAUGCGUACGCGAUGUUGCUACAAUACUUGGCCUUGAAGAUGCGAGGCAAUUGUUUCGCCUUUUCUCAUCGCAGAUUCUCUAUACCUGGACCGAAACGCAAUCAAUUACCUCAAUGCCUUUCAGUAUAUUUGGAUAUCCUACGAUUGAGGACAUGCUGGUCGAUGUUCAAGAUGAAAUUGUCGGUCAAAUUAUGAUGCGAGCUAAUGAGCAUGAGGCGGAUGAACUCUCGAGCCGCAUGGGAACGCCUUUUGUUGAGCUUCUGGCAACCUCCUUCCAUAAAGCUGAGGCGUAUAGCAUAGCUCGAGAUAUUAGCACCCCUCCUGGGCAGGGCAGCCAACCCAAAGGAGUGGAGAAUCGACUUAAGAAGAUCCUAGGCGCGGAUCGCUUUGUGGAUUUGAUCGAGAAACAAUUCCCUCAAGUUAUAGCAACGUUCUUUGGGUCUCUAGAUCAAUACGAACAGAUCGAGAGGGCGUUCGCCAAAAGACCUAAUUUCCAAGCUGCUCUCAAUGUUUUGAAAUCCAUCACUGCCAAGAGUUUUUCGAAGGCCAUGCUUCCAGCAAAUCAGCAACCAUCGUUCAGAGCCCGUUAUCUUCUUGACGAGCUCGAUUUCCUCUGCAGACGCAGCGGGUACGAGCUGGAUACCAUCUGGACUCCUACACUGGCAACCUAUGUCUGCCGGACACUUCUGGAGUCCAUCCAUCCGGCCCUUGGGUCACUCCAUGCUUGUUCUAUCAUUCGCAAAAUUCGGAUCUUGAUGUGCAUCGCCGGUCCUGUCAUGCUAAGAGAUUAUCCUUGUGAGAUGCUGCUUCAUGGUCUUCGACCGUUUCUGACCGAUAUCUAUUGCGCGGAAGAUGCCUUGGGACUUUUCUGGUAUCUGUUAGAGGCAGGCAGGCCCUACUUGAUUGACAACCCUGGCUUUACGGCAGGAAUUUCAGUCUCCACCUUGCUCUAUCUCAGAAAGUUCUUGACAUCCUUUCCAGCAGGUACGAUGCAGGAAAGCCAGACCACCUCAUCUUUGGCAAAUAUUCGGAGGUUUCUUGACUGGUUUGAAGACUUCUUGAGCAACUAUGAAUCAAAUAAUCUGAGCGGAGAAGGACAGGCUUUGUUCCAGCGGCUGGUGGAUUCUUCGCGUAAAAUAUCUGCCACAGGGAAUGAAUCAGAUGGCAUGGACGAGCGAGACCUUCUACUUGAAGUAAUUCGUGACCGCAAUUCCAAAACGAACCUGCUAAGCCACUCCAUAUCCGACCACAUUCUGUCACUGCUUUGUACGGACUUCAAGAGCCUCCCGAGUUAUCAGUAUGAUUAUAUAGGGGAGGGCGAUGAUGCCAUUGCGAACUCCGUUGCUUUAUGCCAGACUCUUCAGGAUUUCAACCCGACAACUGAAUAUCGCUUAUGGGCCGCCCAGGUAAUUGGUAGAGUCUUCGCUGCUACUGGCAGGAUCAGCGAUGUUCUCACGAGGGAACAAAGUUCCACUUUAUUCGAGCCUCAAAUGGUUAGAUUGCACCUGGACGUAUUCUGCCAGUCAAAGGCGAGGAUACUGCAAAUACUCUGCAAUAUGUUGCAGAAGAGCAACCCCCUGGAGGUUGGCCUGGUUGAGCGGACCUUGCAGCUUAUCAUCAGUACUCUUGCCGUGUCUCCUGAAUUUGAAAGCUAUGGAGACACAAUACCUCCUUCCUGGCUGAAAGCACUGAUUUGGAGUCCAUACCAAUGCCCAUCCAUAGCUUUACGGGCUUCUGAGGUCAGAAAACACGAUGCAUUGGUUGGGUGGACUACAGGGAUGUCCGCUGAGCGCUGGGCCCGUAGCAUUGGACUGUUCUUAUCAAGAGCAGCCUCCAAAGAUCCUGUUAUUGGACCGUUGAUUACAAUUCUGCAUGUCAUUCCUCACUUGGCAGCCCAGAUAUUACCAUAUAUUCUCCAUGAUGUCCUGCUCACAGAGCUAGAAGGGGAAGCGGGCGUGCGUCAGACUAUCUCCGAAAUCUUCAGGCAAGGAUUACACGAAGUUGACGACAGUUCUAUACCCCAUGUCCGGUUGAUUCUCAAUUGCAUUCUAUACCUUCGAAAUCAGCCACGACCUCAAGAAGCGACCAUCGUUGAACGUGAUGAGUGGCUCGACAUUGACUUUGCACAAGCAUCCAAAGCUGCCAAAAUUUGCCGUCUGCCCAAGACUUCUCUCCUUUUCCUCGAGAUACAAGCAUCUCGUGUCGUUUCUGGCUCCCGUCGCUCUUCGCUGGCGAAGUACGAACCCCCGCCUGAAAUUCUUCAUGAAAUUUUCCGAAAUGUGGAUGACCCAGAUCUGUUCUAUGGCGUUCAGCAGAGCUCCUCUCUCGAAUCUGUCAUGGGAACCUUAGAGCAUGAAAGCUCCGGACUCAAGAAUCUCCUUUUCCAAAGUGCUCAAUAUGACAGCGCGAUACAAAUGUCGGAAGACACCAAUGCCAAUGCUUCUGGUCUCCUGAGGGCACUCAACUCAACCAACCUUCAAGGAAUCGCUAAUUCAUUAUCCUCAUAUGUCGGUGGCACGAAAGGUAGUUCUGUCUCGUUUGAGAGCAUGAUGCAAGCCGCAAUCAACCUUCGUCAGUGGGAUAUCCCAGUCUCUCCAUUGAACCUUUCGCCGUCUGCUGCACUUUUCAGAGCUUUUCAAAGUCUGAACUCAUCGAGGACUCUUUUGGAAGUUUCUUCUUCCGUGAAAGAAAGCCUUCUGGCAAUCUCAGACUCACUUGCCAGCACUAGUCGCUCGGCAAUGUCAUUGCGGACAGCAAUGAGGGACUUGGGGAUUGUGACUGAGAUCAGCGAUAUGUUGAGCGCGAAAUCUUCCGAAGAAAUCAAUGAAGUAUGGAAAGAGGUUGCUCAGAGAAAUACUUGGUUGAAGACAACAAGGCAGGUCGAAGUCAUCCAUUACAUUUUGAAUUGUCAUGAAGCUUUAUUCUCCUCUAUCAAAAGAAAGCGAUAUCUCAAAUCAGCUAUUGGACUGAGUGACCAAGAAGCGCAACUUUUAGAAGUACAAGUCAUCCGCCAAUCGCUCGAGAUAACCAGAAGCCAUGGGAUUCCGCAAGCUUCUCUGAAAUCCGCGGUCUGCCUUUCUAAGCUUGCGAAUUCGUGUGCGAUGCAGGGGAUCAAUAUUGAGGGAGCAGCGAAAUUCGAUCUCGCCAAUGUGCUUUGGGAUCAAGGAGAAAUGGCAGCAUCCAUUCGAAUGCUCCAACAACUUGACAGCCAGAAUGACAUACACAAACAGGCCAUUCCAAUUAGUCGCCCAGAGCUUUUGGUCACGCUUGGUCAUCACGUUGCGGAAGCGCGCUUGGAGAAACCAGAAGCCAUCAUUCAAGGAUACCUUGCUCCUGCAGUCAAAGAACUCAAGAAUCGCUCAGGAGGUGGGGAGGCUGGCCGAGUAUAUCAUGGAUUUGCCAUUUUCUGUGAUCAGCAAUUGCAGAAUCCUGACGGAUUGGAAGACUUCAAACGGGUUGAGCAACUUCGCAAUCGCAAAGAAAAGGAAGUGUUGGCUCUUGAAGAUAUGAUGAAGAGGGCGGAAGGUAAAGAAAGAGAUGCUCUUCGGCACUAUCGAACCAAGACGAAACAGUGGUUUGACCUUGAUGAUCGGGAGUAUCAACGCUUGCGACGGAGUCGGGAGGCCUUUCUGCAACAGUGCCUCGAGAACUAUCUUCUUUGUCUAAAGGAGAGCGACAAUUACAACGCUGACGCUCUGCGGUUCUGCGCAAUAUGGCUUGACAAAUCGGACAGUGAUAUUGCGAACAAGGCUGUCUCCAAAUACCUAAACCAAGUCCCGAGUCGGAAGUUCGCGCCUCUUAUGAAUCAGCUCACGUCUCGAUUGCUCGAUACGUCCGACGAAUUUCAGAACAUGCUGUUCGCAUUAAUCUUCCGUAUCUGUGUUGAGCAUCCAUUCCAUGGUAUGUACCAAAUAUUCGCCAGCAGCAAAUCGAAGGGUGGAAAAGACCAGUCUGCUUUAUCUCGUAAUCGAGCAGCGAACAAAUUAGUCGAUUACCUGAGAAAUGAUAAACGAAUUGGCCCAACCUGGGUUACGGUGCACAACGCAAAUAUCAACUAUGUGCGCUUUGCGGUUGAGCGGCUGGACGAGAAGGUGAAGAGUGGUGCGAAGGUACAGUUAAAGAAGUUCUUGACGGGUCAACGCCUCGAGCAAGAUGCCUCGACGCAAAGGCUACCGCCGCCAACGAUGAAGAUCGAAAUCCGGCUUGAUUGUGAUUACAGUGAUGUUCCUAAACUCGUUCGAUACCAUCCGGAGUUCACAGUUGCGUCAGGAGUGAGCGCACCGAAGAUUGUCACCGCCGUGGCCAGUGAUGGUCACAAGUAUAAGCAAUUGUUCAAGGGAGGCAAUGACGACUUGAGACAAGACGCUAUCAUGGAGCAAGUCUUCGAACAAGUGAGCAGUCUUCUCAAGGACCAUCAGGCAACGCAACAGCGAAAACUGGGGAUUCGCACCUACAAGGUCCUCCCACUGACCUCGAAUGCGGGAAUCAUUGAGUUUGUGCCGCAUACUAUUCCCCUUCAUGACUACCUGAUGCCGGCACAUCAAAAAUACUUCCCCAAGGACAUGAAACCUAGUGUAUGUCGGAAGCAUAUCAGUGAUGUACAGACACGCUCCUUUGAACAGCGUGUCAAGACAUUUCGCCAAGUGACGGAACAUUUUCAUCCAGUCAUGCGAUACUUUUUCAUGGAAAAGUUUAACAAUCCAGAUGAUUGGUUCAGCAAGAGACUUGCUUACACUCGAAGCACUGCGGCAAUCUCUAUUCUGGGACAUGUGCUUGGACUGGGUGACCGCCAUGGGCAUAAUAUCCUUCUAGACGAACGAACCGGAGAGGUCGUGCACAUCGACUUGGGAGUGGCUUUCGAGCAAGGUCGGGUCCUGCCGGUUCCAGAGGUGGUUCCGUUCCGUCUAACGCGCGACCUGGUUGACGGCAUGGGCAUCACCAAGACAGAAGGCGUGUUCCGGCGCUGCUGUGAGUUCACGCUCGAGGCACUACGGCAGGAAUCAUACAGCAUCAUGACGAUCCUCGACGUGCUUCGGUAUGAUCCUCUGUACAGCUGGACGGUCUCUCCACUGCGAAUGAAGCGAAUGCAAGAUGCACAAGAAGCCGGCGAUGGCCCCCCGAUGAUUCCUGGCGGUGCAGAGGACCAGCGAUCCGCAAACGAACCGAGUGAAGCUGAUCGCGCUCUGACGGUUGUCGCGAAGAAAUUGAGCAAGACUCUCAGUGUCACGGCGACUGUCAACGAGCUCAUCCAACAGGCUACGGAUGAAAGAAAUCUUGCUGUUCUCUACUGUGGUAUGUAUCUUCUCUUAGCUGUGAUACAAUAA